AUGGCCUUUCACGGGGAAGGACGCGAUCCUUUAGAGCACACCAGUCUCUAUCAAAGAGCCGAGAGCGAGGACAGUGAUGCCGAAGGUGGUUUGGGAAACGUAAAUAAACUUGUAAUACGUCCACCCGGUCACAGUGGGAAGGCAAAGAAGGGACACAUCUGUUUCGAUGCCUCGUUCGAAACCGGUAACUUGGGUCGAGUGGAUCUCGUUUCAGAGUUCGAGUACGAUCUCUUCAUAAGACCGGAUACCUGCAGCCCACGGCUUCGCUUGUGGUUUAACUUCACCGUUGACAACGUAAGAUCCAAUCAGCGUGUUAUAUUCAAUAUAGUGAACAUAUCGAGGAGCACGAAUCUCUUUCGAAUUGGUAUGGCACCGUUAGUUAAGAGCACCGGAAGACCAAAAUGGCAAAGGAUACCACGGGAUCAGCUUUUUUAUUACAAAUCACCGCAACAUCAGAAUCACUAUGUGCUUAGUUUCGCGUUCGCUUUUGAUCGAGAAGACGAGGUCUACCAAUUCGCUUUAACUUAUCCGUAUUCUUACAAUCGGUACCUCGGACAUCUGAAUAAUCUCAGCACCAGAAUAGCUUAUGUUCACAGAGAAACUUUAGCCACAUCGAUUCAGAAGAGGAAGGUCGAAUUGAUCACCAUAAAAUCCGAUACGGAUAACGAUAGGGAAUUAACUAGGAAAGUGGUCGUGAUUCUUGCGAGAAUUCAUCCAGGCGAAUCACCGUCCUCGUUUGUUUGUCAGGGUCUCAUGGAUUUUUUAGUUAGUACUCAUCCGAUAGCUCAAGUGCUCAGGCAUUACGUGAUAUUUAAAAUUGUGCCAAUGAUCAAUCCCGAUGGAGUUUUCUUCGGUAAUUACAGAUCUACAUUGAUGGGCAUGGACUUGAAUCGAAAUUGGAAUCGUAUAUCAGAAUGGAUCCAUCCAACGCUAUCGGCAACCAAAUCGAUGUUAGAAUCUCUAGAUAAGAACACGCAUACGCCAUUAGAUUGCGUUUUGGAUCUACAUGCACAUACAAACGCAACGGGAGUCUUCGUUUAUGGGAACACGUACGAAGACGUAUAUAGGUACGAGAGACACAUCGUUCUACCAAAGUUGCUCGCUCAACACACGGAGGACUACGACCUAGGAAACACGAUGUAUAAUCAAGAUCCUCACAAAGGUGGAACAGCUCGUCGAUAUCUGUGUUCCAUUCUAAAAGAACACGUCAACUGCUAUACCAUACAAGUAUCAAUGUAUGGCUAUUGUAAGAAGGGAACACCGACUAUUUUACCAUAUACAGAAGAGAGUUACUACAGACUCGGUCGAAAUCUCGCACGAGUAUUUCUGGAAUAUUACAAGUUAACCGGUUUGAUACCCUGUGGACUUCCGGAUCAACCGUCGAAUAAACGCAACCGACGAUCUCGUCAGAGCCAUCGUGUAUCAAGGCAGCCACGUUCUAGAAUGGCCAGAACACCAGCUCCUUUGCAUCUAGCAAGUAUUCACGAUUACUUCCGGGAGGAUACGGAGCCGCUCCCGAGCGCUCGUUACCGAUCGAUGAGUGGCACGCGUAUGAGCCGGGCUGAAAUUGCGAUUGGAACUGGAACCGAAAGCGGAAUUGGAAUAGGAAGUGGAAGUGGAACGACGGGCGUCGACGAGUGCAGGUACCAGAGCUACAGGUUCCGGAGCCCCGGGGCACCGCUCGACAGGGUGCAAGCUCCGACAAGACGACCCACCGAGCCGAGGCUUACCAUUAUCGAUUUCAAUCAGCUGACAAGAGGCGGUUUGGAACUGGCCAUGAGUAAGAACAAGACUAAUCGUCAUCGCGGUCGCUUUAUGUUUCGGUGAUAAAAGUACGAAAGGAAAUCAAAUUUCGUUUUCUCGCCGACUCAUUUCAACGUAUCGCACGUUACAAAGAUAUUCCCAUCUUUUCUGCCGUCUUUCCUUGACAUAAUAAUACCUUUAAUACCUUUUUUAUAUCCAUAUCAUAUACGUGAUAAAAAUAAACUAUAGAUUACAAACGUAUAUCGUACUGUGAGGUAUUUGAUAAUACAUCAUGACCAUGUUUUAACAGGUUGCUAAUGAAAUUUGAUCUAAAAUAAAUCAUGCACACUGUACUUUCUUAUAUCUGGAAAGAGAUGUAUCAUCUCUUUAACUUGAAAAAUCUCUUGGAAAAAAUCAAUUCGUUAAUCAAAUUAACCUCGAAAGAAAAACAUGUAUGAAUGUAUGAUCACUAAGACAUGUAACAUAGACAUCGAAAUCGAAUAGAU